UCUCAUUGGUAUUAGCGUUAGAGUCUCUCUCUUCACGUAAUUGGGGAAAAUUAUGGCGCGAAGAUGACGACGUAAAUGGGGACAUCUCACGUGGGAAAAGCCUUGAUUAAUGCGUCUCUCUCUCUCUCUCUUUAAUUUCACUCUUCCUUUUUUUUUACCUUCUUUUUCUUUUAGUUUUCAAAUUAUUUUUCCGCCAUGGUGAUUAAUCAAGAACAAACAUUUUCCCGCCAUAACCCCCCCCCCCCCCCUAGUUUAUAAACAAUCUCUCUCACCCUCUCAUGGCGGAGCCGGUCCGUCUGUUUCACUAUCAGAGAGGAGAUUCUAGAACUGAGUCGAAUAAUGAGUGAUUUCGAUCUCGGAACGACUCGGAGGAUGACGACUGAGACACACCGUACGACGACGUUUCUUGAUCUACUCCGACGCCAGAUGAGCGUUGCCGAUCGCACCAGGAGAAAGCGGACUCUUAGAGAACGGUUGAGAUUCAAAUUCACCGCAUGCUGUGGGCCCACCCUCAACAAUACAACAACUAGUGCUACUCUCCACAGUCCAACCUCUAGAGAAGACGAAAUCGAAGAACAAAGUGAAAUCCAGUUCGUUACCGGGUCAAACACUGGAUCGUGUUCGGGUAUGAAUCUCGCGACGGCUUUAGAGGCGGAGAGAUACAACCGGGGAGAACCGGCGGUUGAUAUGACGCCGAGGAGAGUGUCGUUGAUGAGAUUGCUGGAUGAGACGGCGGAGGGAGUGGACGAUGACGGGAGAGAGACGGAGAUCUCGAUGGCGUCGUUGGGGACGUUAACGGGUAACGAUUCGGUGUGCUGCGUGUGUAUGGGAAGAAAGAAAGGCGCUGCGUUUAUCCCCUGUGGACACACUUUUUGCAGAGUUUGCUCCAGAGAGCUGUGGCUCAACCGAGGCUCGUGUCCUCUUUGCAACCGUCCGAUCAUUGAGAUUCUUGACAUAUUUUGAAACCAAUCGGAUGGCUGUAAAUUCUCGAUCUAACACAAAGUUUUUUUACAGUUUGUUGCAUUUCGUUUGUUAUGGGAAAGUGAUGUAAAUUUUAAAAGAAAAAAAAAUACAAGAGAUUCUAUUAACAAGGCCCAUUAAG